UCAUUAAAUAUUAUAUAAGUUUACAGAGAUGGGGUUCUUCUGGUUUUUUAAAUUCACAUAAGAGAUUGUUUCAAUUUCGCCUUUAAAAAUACAUAGAGAGAGCAAACUUUUUUAUGCUAUAAAUAGCCACACCCUUCAUUUCAGGGUCUUAUUCUUCACUAACUUUUGUUAAUUGGGGAGCAAGUUCAAGCUGAGAGAUAAACAGAGAAACAGAGAUGGUUUCUACAUUACAAAAGAGAUUCGACUCACGUAACAAGCUACGCCUUGUUCGAUCUCUACCCACUUAUGAAUCCUCUGGAAGACAGACGUGUGUGUUUUGGAAUGCUGUUCUCUUCAUUCAUAAGCUUAAACUCAAGCUGGAAGCAAUUGAGAGAGAGUACUCAAAUCUACUGGACAUGAAAAGAGAAUAUUUGAACUCAAUAAAGCAAUUUCAUUCCUCCAAGGAAGUGAAGGUUGAGAAGAAUGGAGAAGAGUUUAGGGUGAAAGUGAGAUGCGAAAAGGGAGGGGACAGAUUGGUUUCGGUAUUAGAAGCAUUUGAGAAAAUGGGUCUUAAUGUUGUUGAAGCUAGAGUUUCAUGUACCGAAUGUUUUUGUAUGGAGGCCAUUGCUGUAGCUGAAGAUCAUCAUCAAUUGCUUAAUCUCAGUGAUAUAACUGACGCUAUUAAUGUAGCCAUUGAUCCCAAAUUAUUAGCUCCAAACCAGCAUCAUAAUGACAUUCCUCACAAUGAUGCUCAACUUUACUAGUCACUUCCUAACCUCUGAAUUCAAUGAAAAUGUUUCUUCCUAUUCCAAAUUCCAA